AUGCCUUCCACCCUGUCGGGACGCAUCGCUAAGACCCAGCGGGGGUCCAAGAAGACUCCGCACCAAAAGAAUCACCGAUGGGAGUCGUUCAGCACCAAGGUUUCCAAGCUGCAUUCGCUCGAUCCCCUGCGCAAAGUCCGCCGCCACGAUCUUGACGCCGAAGAUCUCUCCGCGACCACCUCGUAUCUGCGCAAUGGCUUGAACAAAUGGGCCGAACUCAACCUCUCGAGGCCCUACAUGGCCUUCAAGAGAGAAAUAAAUCCCCUUACAGAAUCCCUGGCCCAGAUCCUCUACCAUGAGGACCGCAUCAUGGACCUGCUGGCCGAUUACAUAUCGCGCCAUGAGAAGGAGGCCCUCGAACCUCUGCUGGACCUUGUCACGGCAUUUGCGCACGAUCUUGGCGUACGCUUCGAGAAACAUUACCCACGGGCUCUCGCUCUCAUCGUCGAUCUCGCGAGCAAGGUGCACGAUGUGGAGGCCAUUGAAUGGACCUUUGCCUCGCUGGCCUUUCUGUUCAAAUACCUCUCGAGAUUGAUUGUUCCCGACAUGCGACCGACGUACGAUGCUGUGGCGCCCCUGAUGGGCAAGGCGAAGAAUCCCGGAUACAUUGCUCGGUUCGCCGCCGAGGCCAUGAGCUUCCUGGUGAAAAAAGCUGCAGCUCCCAGUCACAGGGACAAGGCGCUGCCUCUUUUCAUUGAGCAUGUGCGGAAAGACCUCGAGAGUGUUGCCGGGACGAAUCAGUUCAAUCUGUACAACCAGGGGGUCAUGACCAUGUUUGCCGAGGCUAUCAAGGGGCCGGGGAAUGGCGUACAUUCAACAGGACCCGAAGUCUUCACCGCUUUGGUACGGGAGGUACCUGAUGGGGAACUCGCAUUGCCCGAGCGGACCAUCUGGACCGACGUCUGCUGCGGUGUGCUGACCAGCGUCAUCCACCACUCUGCAUUGGAGACAUUCAAUUCUAUCGAGGCCAGGGUGGUAGACGAGGCAAUGGCUGGCCAACACGCCGUGUUGUUUUUCCGGAUUCUAGGCACCAUGGCUGGUGUGCGGAAAGGUACCCGCGUCCAUGACUGGGCGACUCUCGUCAAGGCGCUGGGGCAAUUGCUCAGUUCGUUCGCUGCCGAUAAGGGAAACGUUGAGGCCAUCCCUUCGUCUCAAGUAUGGCAGCAUGUCCUUGUGAACACGGCCAUCGUGUGGAGCCAGGCGCCUAUGGAUGCCUUGAUUCCCGCGCUUUCCACUCUUAACGGGACCCUGACCAAGGAGCCCCUGAUGAGGUGGUACAUACCCUUUUGCUCAUACUUGGCCGAUCUGAACACCGAUCGUUUUCGUGGUUUGUUUCAGAAAGAAUUCCAAAAGUUCAUUGUUGCUCACUGGUCGCAGCCUGAGAAUGAGGACAUGCUCUGCGUGCUUCUACCACGCAUGGUGGAAGUCGGAGGUCUCCCUAGAGUCGGCGGGAAAGAGACCUUUCAGCUUCCGCAAUCUUGGCAAGAUCAGAUUGUGAGCAAAUUCGUGAGGCUAGAAGACACGCCGUUUCCGGAGAGCGGAGGGUUUGGCAAGGAUCCAGAGACCUGGAGAGACAAGUGCCUACCGAAAUACUCGGCGCGUUUGCGAGUCCUCGAGUCGACGUCUGUGCAUCCCUCUACCAACGCUCGAAUCGCCGAAGUUCUACUUAAGAAACUGAAACUCGCCCUUCGACCAUCUUCAUCUCUGCCAACCGACGAGGCAAAUUUCAUUGUCAGCGAUGGCUUCCGCGCCUAUCUCCGGAUGUGCGCCGCGCCUGGCUCCGUUGAUGCAACCCUAGCACCAUUGUUGAGAGCUGCUGCACCGCGGUUUUGCCGAUCGCCGGCGUUCCUGGAAGCGUUGUUGGUCUACGAGCGUGAAAUACGUGGGAAAGUCCAGAGUGUCCCCGAAAGCAAUGAUGCAGGAGAUAGUCAACAGGAGGAGGAAGAUCCUCUUGUUAGAUGCCUGAUAAGGAAUCUCUCCGCUCCGUCCCAUGAGUUGCGGUUGGCAUCGCUGAGAAUCCUAGAGGUUCUUGACUUUACUCCCGAUUCGAAUUCUGCGUUGGCGACAAUGAUACAGGUGGAAGAACUGCCCCUGAAUUUGCAGAAUGUGCGGACGAUUGCCGUGCAUCUGCGGAAGCUCGGGCAGAUCUACUCCCACAUUGAGCAGAACUCAUGGUUGAUCCGAGCUAUCCCGGCUUUCUUGUUCGGCAUGACUACCGUGCCGUUGUCUCCAGUUUGGGACGAUUCAGUCGAGACAAUGAAGAAAGUUGCAGAGACCAAGCACGGGGAAGAGGCUCUGGCUGACCUGGCGUUUGACUGGUUGGAGGUGCCGUCGCCGCAGUGGUCUGGGCCCUACAAGCCGCCCGCCGAGGAUAAUCAUGGUCCUCUGUCGAACUUUGAGUGUCUGAAUGUGAUUGGGCUACACGAGACUGCCGAAGCCACAGGGAAUGUCAUGGAGAGCCCAUCCCACGACAUGCUUAACACCUUUGAAGAGGGCCAGAAAAUUGUCGAGCUUCACACCGAACGAGCGCGUAGCAAAGCCCUCAAAGCCCUCAGUGCCCUGCCCGGGAUAGCUGAGAAGCGAUCCAGAAGGUUGGUGCCUCAUCUGUUUUCCUUCACCGAUGAAGCCCAGGCUCCUGUGGAAGAAGCCGAGGCCGAUGUCGAGGCAUCGACUGAAAAGAGCUGGUCCCUUCCUGACCGGAAGGCCCUCCUCGAGGUAUUUUCAAAAUUCAACAAUCCAAGGGUGCUCUACCAAAGUCAGAGAGUCUACUCUGCGCUUUUGAAGCUGCUGGCGAAUGGCGACAUUGAGGUGCAGAAACUCGCCCUCAAAGCAAUCCUUGGGUGGAACAAUGAUGCCAUAAAGCCAUAUCAAGAACAUCUCGAGUAUCUCCUUGACGAAGCCAGAUUCAAAAACGAACUUACCGUGCUGUUCCAAGGGGACAACAAAAUCCAACCCGAACAUCGACCCGAGGUCAUGCCUGUUCUCCUUCACCUUCUGUAUGGCCGCGCAAUCUCGAAGAAAGGGGUCUCGAGCGGUCGACAUGGACUCCACGCAACGCGACUAGCUAUUAUUCGGCAGUUAGACGUUGAUGAUAUGGGCGGCUUCCUGGAUAUUGCUCUCGGCGAGCUUCGGAGCAUCCAGGUCGUCGAUGCACAGGGCCUUCGUGAGAGCGUAUUCGCCCGCGAAGCUCUUCCAGUCCGGAAGCAAGUUGGCCUGCUGAACAUGGUCGAAGCCAUUAUCAACGAGCUCGGCACAAGUGUCACAUCCUACAUGGACGUCCUUGUAAACGCCGUUCUGUAUUGUCUGAUCUAUGCUUGCAGGCAGGUUGGAGGGAGCGCCGAACACCCAGAUAAUGAAGAACCGGAUCAAAUCCCGAAUGCUUCGCUAUACAAAGUGGUGAGAACCACUGCAUUGAAGUCUCUGUGCAUGCUGUUUCAGAAUGCACAGAGCUUUGACUGGACUCCGUAUCAGGAGGUCAUGGUCAGAGAGAUAAUAAGCCCCAGGAUUGAGAAACUACCGGCGGAGACCACUCAGGGUGUCUCGGCUACCUGGCGGCUGCUGGCAACCUGGUCUGCCUUGCCAAAGCCAGCGCUGUUCCUCUCUAUCGACAAAAGAAUCGUUCCCAAGAUUGUAGAAACGCUCGGGGUCGAAAAGACAAAGGAUGAAGUGAAGAUUUUCGCGCUCGACAUCCUCAAGAAUCUCAUCAACCUCGCGCAGGCCCCUGCAACUGAAUCAGAGUUCAACGAAUUGAUCAAGUCUGAACUUCUGGACUCGAACAUUGAUCUCAUCUUGCAGGAGAUCAGCGGCCUACUUCGAACUCAGCAGGACAUCGGACGGGACUUGCUCGGCUCUGCCGUAGACACAGUCGUGGCACUUGCCCCUAUUGUGGGUACCUCAACCAGCGUCCAGGAUAUGGUUGAGAUUGCGACAUUUCUGCUCAACCAGCCGUCCCGCAAGGUCAAUCCCAAGAUCAAGGGUUCGAUCUUGUUGAUCCUGAAACAGUUCAUGGUGCUAGAGGAUCUCCAGGGCGAUUCUGAGCUGAAAACCAAGGUGUACAACACCAUCGCCUCGUUGUUCGGGUUUUUCAAGGAUAAAGAAAACAGACAGACGCUCGCCGAGGUGUUGGCUGUUUUUGCAUCCCGCGAACAAUGGGCGCAGGAGGUCGCAGAGCUCUGUCGGAAUCUCAAUUCCUAUCGCGCGAGACGGCUGGAUGAACCUGACUACAACACCCGGCUUUCAGCAUUUAACUCCAUAACCAAAGAUCGCGAGACGCCAUUUACGAUCGACCAAUGGAUGCCAUUGCUCCACAAUCUGCUUUACUACAUCCAGCAGGACGAGGAGUUCGGUGUACUCUCGUCUAACUCCGCCGAUGGGCUCUGCAAGUUUAUCUCGGCGGCUGAGUCGGCCUGGGGCGGUCCACGGCAGGCCACAUUCGUGGAAGUGCUGUCAAGUAUCGUCCUGCCAGCUAUCUACUCAGGCGCUAGGAAUCCUUCAGAAACUGUCCGCCGUGAGAUUUUGCGCGUCUUUGGCUUCCUUGCCGCUCAUCUGCCGCAGUGGGAACCUGUCUCUGACCUCAAGCCCUUGGUCCCCGAGUCCGAUGAUUCCGACAGCGCCUUCUUCUUCCAUGUUCUCAGUCCAGCGGUGUCAAGACAGCUCCAGGCGCUUCGUUUGCUAGAGGCUGCAAACGACAAGAGUGAGCUACGAAGCAAACACAUCAGCCAGUUCUUCAUUCCGCUUUUUGAGCAUUUCAUCUUCGACCGACCCGAGAGCGGUGAUGACCAUGGGCUGAGUGCGCAGGCUACAAACACCAUCGGGGCUCUGACCGCAUCCCUGGAGUGGCAGCAAUAUCGGGCCAUCCUCCGGCGAUUUGUGUCCUACGUGGAAUUUAAACCAGAUUGGCAAAAGCGUGUCAUUCGUCUUCUGGAGAAAGAAGUUGAUGCUUUGCGCAGCGCGGUACUCCGGCGGCCAGGCGAUGCGAUGGAGGUAGAUGGGGAGGUAGCAUCCGAGACAAAGCCCCGGCGGCUCGCAACUACGCUUCCGGACCAGGAGAAACUAGGCGCCGAGAUCGUGAACAACUUCCUGCCGACUCUUCUCAAGUACAUCCAUGAGAAGGACGAAUCGACCGUCAGUGCCAGGGUUCCGGUGGGAGUCAUAAUUGCGAAGCUUCUCACCCUUCUCCCGGACGCUGUGCUGAAUGAAAAGCUCCCCGGAGUCCUCACGGAUAUCUGCCACAUCCUCCGGAGCAAGUCGUGGGAGUCUAGAGAGAUGGCCAGAGACACCCUUGCCAAGAUGGCCGGCAUCCUUGGCCCAGAGAAGUUCGAGUUUAUUCUCAAGGAGCUGCGAGGCGCGCUCACGAAAGGCUACCAACUGCACGUCCUCUCCUACACGCUGCAUUCUCUUUUACUGGUUGCCAUUCCCGCAUUCAAUCAGGGCGAGCUGGAUUACUGUCUCCCCUCCAUAGUGGCCGUCAUCAUGGAUGACAUCUUUGGGGUUACCGGUCAAGAGAAGGACGCCGAAGACUACGUGAGCAAGAUGAAAGAAGUCAAAAGCAGCAAGAGCCAAGACUCAAUGGAGUUGAUUGCUAAGACUGCAUCCAUUACGCGUCUUGGCGACCUCACCAUGCCGCUGCAGUCUCUGCUCCUGGAGAAAUUAGACCUCCGAACGGUGCGCAAGAUCGACGAGCUCCUCACUCGUAUCACAAAGGGGCUCCUAGAGAACCCAGCCGCGGCAUCGCAGGAUAUCUUGGUGUUCUGUUACGAGGUGGUUCAAGAAGUAUACAAGAGUCAGAAGCCUGAAGCGGAGAACAAGAUAGACCCGCGCCUGAAAAGGUACCUUGUCCAGAAGGCCGCGAAAAAGAGUGAUGGAGCGGUGACAAGCAAGCACACCUACAAGCUCAUAAGGUUUGCCAUCGACAUUCUCCGAUCCGUCCUGAAAAAGCAUGACAAUCUCCGCACACCUGGGAAUGUCGCGGGAUUCCUGCCGGUACUGGGUGACGCUGUGUUGUCAUCCGAAGAGGAGGUCAAGAUCGCGGCUUUUAAGAUUCUCAAUGUUCUCGUCAAGGUUCCGUUCAAGAACCCGGAUUCGAGCGGUCUGUACAAGGUCGCUCACAAAGAAGCCAUCAAGGCCAUCUCCAUGUCCCCGACGACCGCAUCAGACCUUGCUCAGACAGCGUUGAAGCUCAUCUCGGUGAUCCUCCGGGACCGGCGGGAGAUCCCCAUGAAGGAUGCUGCCCUGGACAUGCUGCUCUCAAAGCUCAAAGAUGACUUGACAGAGCCGCUGUACCGCCAUGUCACAUUUAGCUUCCUGCGGUCGGUUCUUGACCGCAAACUCGAGACUGCCUCGGUGUAUGACGUUCUCGACUACGUCGGCACUGUCAUGAUCACCAACGAUGACAAGGAUACGCGUGACCUGGCUCGAGGAGCCUUCUUCCAGUUCCUGCGCGACUAUCCGCAGAAGAGGAACAGAUGGGAGAAGCAGCUCAAGUUCAUCGUGGCCAAUCUCAAGUACGAGCGUGAAGGAGGGCGGCUCUCGGUCAUGGAGGUCAUCAACCUGUUGCUGAGGAAGUCGGCGGAUGAUUACGCCCAGGAGGUGGCAGGGACCUGUUUCAUCCCGCUGGUUUUUGUCAUAGCCAACGAUGACAGCGAGAAAUGCAGGCUUGCCGCUGGCGAGCUGAUCAAGGAGAUUUUCCGGGUGGCGGACAAGGAACGCUUGUCCAAAUUUCUCACGCUUUUGCGGUCAUGGGUGGAGCAAGAUGAGAAUGUGGCGGUGUUGAAAGUUGCUCUCCACGCAUUCGGGCUCUACUUUGAGGGCCGGGAGCCCAGCGUGAAAGACAAUAAGGACGUUGGGCUCGUCGUUGGCAAGAUUGCCAGGGUCUUGGGUGAUGAGGAGGGGCUCGAAUUGGAUUGGGAGCUGGCAGACAAGGCCCUGACCACCCUUCAGACACUGGUUGCGAAGCAUCCACAAAAGGUGCUCGCUGAGGACUCGAGCGACCUAUGGGCAGAGGUUCAGGCGUGUCUGGCGCACUCGAAUACUACUGUGAAGCUAACUUCCAUCAAACUCCUCAGCAUGUACUUGGCGGAUUUCGCCAAGAAUGCUCCCAAAGGCUCCCAAACACUACCCCUUGUGGGAUCACAUGGACUGCCACUGGAUGAGGAUGACGUGAACGACCUAGUGCGACUCUCGCUCGGCAUUCUCUCGGCACCAGAAGUGGAUGAAACACUUGCUCGGGAGGCCGUCCACAUCCUCAUGUUCCUCGGCGGCUACCUCGCGUCGGACAAAUCAGACAUGAAGGAAGGCGAUGAAGAGGAAGAAGACGAGGACAAUGACGCCAAGGAAUCGGCGCAGAAGGCCGACAUGAAAUACUUCUUCUGGAAGCUGGCAUCCAUCAUCCGCAAGGAGCGACAGCCCAAGCCCGAAAUGCUCGUCAGCAAGCUGGCCGCCAUGGACCUCGUCGAAGCCUUUAGUCUCAGAAGCUCGACCGAGACAGUCUUAGCCUCGAUCAAGACGAUCCUUAGACCGCUUCGAAACCUCACGGACCCGUCGAUCCGCGCGCCCUUCUCGCUCAACGAGGUGUUCAAGACGCGGUACGAAGCGCUCAAGGCCAAGGCACAGUCCAUCAUGGAGCUGCUGCAGCGGAAGCUGGGAAGCGCCGAGUACACCAAGGCGCUGCUGGCGGUUGGCGAGGACAUACGGGAGAGGCGCCAGCAGCGGUCGAGUAAGCGCAAGAUUGAGGCCAUCACGGCGCCGGAGAAGUACGGCAGGGAUAAGAGGAAGAAGUUUGAGAAGAAGAAGGAGAAGAGGAAGGAGAAGGGCAGGGAACAGAGGGAUCAUCGGAGGGGAUACCAAUAA